GCGGAGCUACAACCAGGGCUGCCUGAACGUUAAAGCGAACCUUAAAGUGACCAUCCAUCUGCUGAAGGAGCUGUCGGAAAACCAAACGCCUUCAAACCAGCGGAAAGAAAAGCAAAAAGCUCGUUUGGGCUUUCAGAAGCCGGAGUUGGACGUAACUUUCUCCGGGACACCAGGAAAAGACAGAGGGGUCAACAUGGAAGCAUUUCUUGGGUGAAAAUGAAGGAUUAUCUCCUUUUCAACUUGAAUGUUAUCCGAGGAUGGGAAAGCUGUGGGAAAAUAUUUCACCGCCUGAGCUCUAAAGUUUUCCAGAUGUCUCUGAUGCAAGCAGCAGCUGCUUUCUGAAACACCCCAAAGAUUCCUGCAUUUCUUCUGGAUCUUCAGCAGCAUCAUCGCUGGUUUCACAUCAAUGGAUUUUAGAGACAAAAACACCUUCUGUCUGAGAAGAGCUGGGUUGUUUAAGCCUUCAUGGUGAAGUCGCAUGCUGUUUGGGAUGUUCUCGGAGCUGAUGGAGACUAAAUAAAGCAGCUGUUAUGAAAAUGUUAUUUGGGUGAAGUCUGCGGAAGCUGACAAGGGAAGCCCAAUGAGUGGCACACCGCCAGCACUCACUGACAGGACCCCAAACAUUCUCAACAAGGACCUCAUAGACAAAAAACCAAAGAAUGGGAAAUCCUCCGUCUCCCUUAAAUUACGAGUUUGACCCAACAGGUCUGGUCCAGCGCUGUGUGAUAAUCCAAAGGGAUAAAAAUGGCUUUGGUCUGACAGUAAGUGGAGACAACCCUGUGUUUGUGCAGCUGGUUAAAGAAGAUGGAGCUGCAAUGCGAGCUGGUGUUCAGACAGGAGAUAGGAUCAUUAAGGUUAACGGGACUUUAGUUACUCACUCAAACCACAUAGAGGUUGUGAAGUUAAUAAAGUCGGGUUCCUAUGUAGCCUUGACGGUGCUGGGGAGGCCCCCAGGACUUCCCCAGAUGCCCCUGGAAGAGGCAAAGGAAGAGCAGGAAGAACACGGAGAAGACAGCACACUUUCUUCUUUUUCAUCCCCCAACUCGCCUGCACUGUCAGGCCGAGAGAACAGCAGCUGCAGGACGGGGAGCCAGUCCUGCAGCCCCCAGAACCACAUCACCGGCACUCUGUCUGAUGGGGAAGGGGUUUCUGGGUCCAGGACUCGUGAUGAAGAUGAGCAAGAUGAUGGGCCUGCCCUGAAGGAACAGACCUCACCUUUGAGUGGUGAAGAAGGGCUGCUGGCCAACAACAAUGCGGCGCACAGCUCUCCCGUUCCAGAAACGUCUGGAAAAAGAGAAUCGCCCCUGCAGAGUCCGGACAUUGGCUGCAGAGAUGACCUGAAUUUCUGCUCCUCCCCUGACACUGAAGACACUGCUGACACUGACUCCAGUCCUCAGUCCUCUGUGGCAAGCCCUCCGUUCACUCUAAACGCCCAGAUAAUCGGAGCUGAGGACGACUACUUUGACUAUCAACAAGAGCAGAUCAACGGCGAGUGCAGCUGUUUUCAGAGUAUUGACUUGCUUAAGUCUCGACCGGCUCAUCUGGCAGCCUUCCUUCACCAUGUGGUGUCCCAGUUUGAGCCUGCUCCUCUGCUUUGUUAUCUCUAUGCUGAAAUGCACAAGCAAACCAGCUCCAAGGAAAGUCGACGUUUCUUUAUAGAGUUCCACUCCUUCUUCUUAGAUAGAACAGCAAAUCUGAAAGUCCCAGUGCCUGAAACAAUUGCAGCAGAAUUAGAAAAGCGGAGGCUGGAGCUGAUCCCAGAGGAACUGUGUAAACAGUACUCUCAAGUGUUACAAGACUCACUUCUGUCAGACCUACAAAAGAACCUGGAAGACUUCAGGCAGAAGCGCAGCAUGGGUCUGACACUGGCUGAAGACGAGCUGUCCAAGCUGGGCUCGGAGCGAGGGAAAGACCAGCCAGCGUUGGAGAAGGAAUGCUCCUGUGCUGAACACAUCCUCACUAAGAUUGAGGAAAUCCUGUCGACGACUCAAUCCUCAGAAGAGGAGAAGUGCCAAACUAUGCAGUAUGUGAUUCUCACCUACAUGAAGCACCUCGGGGUGAAAGUAAAGGAGCCUCGGGGUCUUGAACAAAAACGCGCACGCAUCAACUUCCUGCCCAAGAUUAAGUCGAGAGGUAACAAACCAGAAAAGGAUGGUGAUGAAAAGGUAAAGAAGCCUCGGUUUCCCCACAUCCUUGUUCCUCCUCGGCGUUUGAGCAGAGUGGACUCGACUUCAGUGGGUAAAGCUGUGGAGUUGAAUAAGCAGCGUUCCCCAAAGCUCUCUCAGCCGGCCUUCGUCAUCCCAGAACCACCCGACCAUCCUGCCUUGAGUUCUGGAAGAAGCCGAGUGAACCAGCUCAGCCAGGGAUCGGACACCAGCACCCAGUCCGUUCUUUCUGUCAGCUCCCCGGGUCCCAGCUCCUCCGACUCGACUGGGCACGAAACAGACUCCAGUGUCUCUCCAUUCUGCAUCCAGCCAAGACUCAAUGAUGGUGUGCAGUCUGGAGAACACCAGGACGGCCUCUCUAGUCCAACCAGCUCUCAGUUUGACUUCGGCCCCUCCAACCUGGACCACCGAGAGGAAGAUCAGGAAGCCUUCAGUAGGAUGGAAGUUCAGUCCACGGUGAGUUCAGACAUCCAAAGCGAGGACGACCAGGCAGGAGAGGUGGAGAGUGAGGAGGACCCUCUGAACUGGCAGAGACUCGUCAGUCGAGGCGUCUUGGCGAGUCUCACUUCAAAGGAAAUCAAACGGCAAGAGGUCAUCAAUGAGCUGUUCUACACUGAGCGUGCUCACCUGCGCAUGUUGCGGGUGCUGCACUGUGUCUUCUGCCAGAGACUGAACAGAGACGGCAUCCUUCCGCCUGAUGACAUAAAGCACAUCUUCAUUAACCUGGAGGAAAUCAUUCAGCUACAUGUUUCCAUAACAGAGCAAAUGACAACCAUCAGGAAGAGGAGUGAGACCUCUGUGAUCGGUCAGAUUGGAGAUGAUCUCUUGGCGUGGUUCAGCGAGGAGGAAGAGGAGAAGAUUAAAAGAGCUGUGGGAACCUUCUGCAGCAACCAGCCAUCUGCGUUGGAGCUCAUCAAGACCAAGCAGAAAAAAGACCAGAGGUUCAAUCUGUUCAUGCAGGAAGCUGAGAGCAACCGCUUGUGCCGCAGGCUGCAGCUGAAAGACAUCAUUCCUGUAGAAAUGCAAAGAGUGACAAAGUACCCACUCCUACUGGACAAUAUUGCCAAGUACACUGAGGAUGGUGAGGAGAGAGAAAAGGUGAAGAAAGCUGAGGAGUGCUGCAAAAAGAUCCUAAACCAUGUCAACCAGGCUGUGAAGGAGGCUGAAAACAAACAGAGACUAUUGGAGUAUCAGCGAAGACUAGACGUCUCGUCUCUGAAACAAAAUGAAAAUCCUGUGAUCCUGGAGCUGAGGAAUCUGGAUCUGACCAAGAGGGAGAUGGUACAUGAAGGUCCCCUCUCCUGGAAAGUCAAUAAAGACAAGACCGUUGAGCUCUACACGCUUCUCUUGGAGGACAUCAUGGUUUUGCUUCAGAAACAGGAUGAGCGUCUGGUUCUUAAGUUUCAUGGCAAGAACUUGACCAGCGUUCCAGACGCCAAGCAAAUGUUCAGCCCUGUCAUCAAACUCAGCACCGUCCUGGUUCGCCCUGUAGCCACUGAGAACAAGGCCUUCUUCGUCCUGUCCAUGUCAGAGAACGGGGUUCAGAUGUAUGAGCUGAUGGCUCAGACGGUGUCUGACAGGAGAACGUGGCAGUGUCUGAUCACGCAAUGUGCCGACGCUAUGAAGGCCAAAUCUCACCACAGCGACAGGCCCGCAGCUCAGUCGGAAGCCGAACGGGUUGCUGUUGAGAUCAUGAAUCAAGAGAUCCCCAAACAGAGCUGUGAGCCCAUCGGGACCCUGAGUGAGAGCAUCCUUUCAUCAGAUAAAGAUGCCCCAUGUUCUCCUGAUAUCCAAGCUCCUACAAACCCCUUUGAUGCCUUGAAAUCAGAAGAUGAGGAAGAGGAGCUGGCAGACGCAGUCAGGCAGGAGGAAGAAGAGGAGGUAGAGGAGGUGGACGAAGCAGAACUGGAGGCCUUCCUGGACGGACAGCUGGCAGAAAGACUUCUGCAGGAAGGAUCUCGUCAGGGCAUCGCUGUUGCAGUCGAGGACAUGGAGUUAACCUUUCCCUCCUCCAAAGCUGAAGAGGCUCUCCGGACAUUGGCAGUGCUGAAGGAGGCUCUUUACUCCCACAUCAUGACCAGAGAAGGAGAGGAGGAGGUAGAGGAGAAUAAGCUCAGUGGGGCCCCUGAGAGUCAGCCUGGGACCCCUGAGGGGCCGCCUUCUGCAUGUAAUGAGAGCCAACCCCCUGAAAGUUCAGAGAAUGAUGACCUGCAGCCCUUAUCUGUCCUCACAGGGGAGUCAGAGUCAGCUGAACUCAAUAGUGGUUUUGUGGAUCUGAACUUUGAAGCGUGCUCUGGGGAGAGCAGUGCUGAUGACGAUGUCGGGAUCGACAUGAGGAAACUACUGUCUUCCUCCUCACAGGCGGAGGGCGACGGCCCCGACCUGAGCAGGCAGCUGAUGACCCACCUGCGCCUCCUGCAGGCCGACCUGCAGUACCUGAAGGACGUGGAGAUGAAGUACCACGAACUGCAGCGGGUCCACAGCAAUGGAGCCACAGACUCAGAUGACAACAACGAGGGACUUCAGUGAUCAUGGAUCUGAUCUGAGUCAAACGGGUCAUUUUACUUCGCUUAUUCCACUCAUAAUAGAGGUUCUACUGGACUGCUGCUGCAAGCAUGUGUCACUAGACUGUGUUGUUGCCACAGUCAGGAUUAUUCAACAACAAACUCCAUCAAUAAUCCAGACCGGAGGAUAAUUACCAUGUUUUAUCCACGGAGACUUAGCUAUAAAAUCAAUCAGCCGUUUAAAAGAUCGUAAACACUGGAAGCAUGAAAUGGAAAAAGAGCUUAUCUGAGAGCUGCUCAGGACUCCAUGAAGACAUCUUUAACACAAAAUAAACCCUGCAUGGAUGCUUCAAGACUGCAUGGAAAUAAAAGUGUCAGACAGCAGCCAUCCAGUAAUGGCAUUUCAUAUUCAGAUGUUAAUACCAUCGACAAAUGUUCCAAAUUUAUAGACUUUUCAACAACUGUGAGGAUCACAAACUGAAAUACUUUGUUGUUUGAAUGAAUUCAGUCAAGCAGAAACGAGAGUUACCCUAAAAACCUUUCAUAUCUAAUGCCAAACUCUGAUUUCUGGGUUAUUUUAUUUCACCGUUAGGUUUCUUCUGGCAGGAAAGGAUUUAAACAAACCUUGAGCACUGAUGACAGAUACGAUGACUCGGAGAUGGUGAUUUCAGUUUUUUAUUGAUUGUUUCCAGAACUAAUUCAACUGCUCCAACAUGUUCCACAUUUCUUUACUGGCCUUUAAUGGCCUUUUCCAUUUCUGGGAUCCUUCCUUCACAUAUUUAGUUUUCAGACUUACUGACAUACAUCUGUCAAUGCUUUCUUGUCCACCUGUCGUUGGUGUUUUGGACCUUUGGUUCAUUGGAUUAGCCCAAGGUCUAACAAAGCUAAUCUUCUUCUAACAAUUUUUCCAAUCGAACCAUUGCCGUCAAAGACAACCCUGAGAAUCUCCUCUUUACCAAAUCAUCCACUGAUCAAUUGCCUGUACCCGGUUGUCCUUGCAGGGCCACAGGGGGUGUUUGUGCCUAUCUCCAGCGAUCAUUAGGUACACCCUGGACAGGUUGCCAUGCCAUCACAGGGCAACAUCACCAUAUACCCACACUUAUACCGAAGGGCAUUUUAUAAAGAGAUCAAUUAACCUAACAGUCAUGUUUUCAGACUGUGGGAGGAAGCCAGAGUACCCGGAGAGAAACCACAGCUACAUGGGGAGAACCUUGCAAACUCCCUGCAAUUCAGGGAUUUGAACUCAGGACCUUCUUGCUGCAAGGCAACAGUGCUACCAAUUGCUCCGCCAUGCAGCCUUUUCAAAAAAAGAAAGAAGAGUGUGGUUCAUUGGGUGAAAUCCUUUUCUUAAUUUAAAAAAAAGUUUUUCCAAGAAAUUGGAACAGCAACGCCAAGAUUCAGUAGGCUUUGGGAAUACUGCUCUGCUCUGUCUAGUUUUUAAAUUACACCUUCCGGACAAAAGUUUUAGACACUCAUUUAAUGGUUUUCUUUAGGUUUAUGACUAUUUCCAUUGUACGUAGAUUCUCUCUGAAGGCAUCAAAACUGUAAAUGAACACAUAUGGAAUUAUGUAGCAAACAAAAAAUUGUAAAAGAACUUUGAAUAUAUUUUAGAUUCUUUAAAGUAGACUCCUUUUUGCUGUAAUGAUUGAAAUAUUAACCUUUGGCCGUCUCUCAAUGAACCUCUGAGAAGUUCUUUCAAGACUCGUUGGAAAACCAUUUCAGGUGACCACCUCAUGAAGCUCAUGGAGAAAACGCCAAGAGAGCAAAGGG